AUGUUAUACGUGGUGUUACGCAUGCGUUAGUUUUCCCAAUUUACGAAUUUAUUUGAUAUAACCUAAAAAUUAUCUAAUAUUUUUGUGCACAUAAUAUAAGUAUUUUAAGUCAUUUUAAUAGUGACAUGCCUCGAUUCCCCUUACACCCAGCUAGAGGUACCGGAAUAGAUCCAGGUACUUGGAAAUCUAUACGUUUAGCUAAAUAUGGAUGUGCAAAUAGACCAUUUUUUCACAUCGUUGUCAUGGAAGAACAUAAAGAACAACGCGAACCACCGAUAGAACAAUUAGGCACUUUUGACCCUAUGGCUAAUAAAUAUAAUGAAAAAUUAGUAACUUUUAAUUUUAAUCGGCUACAAUAUUGGAUGAGUCAACCAAAAGUUGAGGUAUCUAAACCGAUCGCUCAAUUAUUAGGAUUAGCUGGAUAUUUUCCUAUCCAUCCACUUACAUAUUGGACAGCCUGGACAAAUAGAAGAAAAGCUGAAGAAGAAGCAAAAGCUCAAGAAUUACAGGAUAAACAAGAAACUGAAAAAGCUGAAGCAUCUAACUAAUAAAUCAAAUCAUUUUUUUUUAUCAGAAAGAUAGUUUAUUACUUAUAUAAUAAAGUGAAUUUAUUGGAAAA